CCGCCCCAAAAUAACAGUCCAGUAGUCGUCUCCAAAAUCUAAAACCCCCGAACUCCUAACGCAGCUUAGGGUUUAGGGUUUUAUACUCCCCACCAUGGCUCGAUUCCCUAGAUCCACCACACCACGACUUCUAUACACCCUCUUCUCCUCUUCCAAGACGACUCCGUCUCAUUCCUCAUCACCGUCACCGACCACUGCCCUCCUCCUAGGAAACUUCCACCUCCAGUUACGACAAUUCUCGGCCGGAGGGAACCUCGCACGCGCCAAGGAGGACAAGGAACCAUGGUGGAAGGACUCGAUGGAGCACCUCAGAAAUAUCGGAAUCUCCGCGCACAUCGAUUCCGGAAAGACCACGUUGACGGAGAGAAUUUUGUAUUAUACUGGAAAAAUUCAUGAGAUCCAUGAGGUUCGUGGCCGAGAUGGUGUUGGGGCUAAGAUGGAUUCUAUGGAUUUGGAACGAGAGAAGGGUAUCACAAUUCAGUCUGCCGCCACUUACUGUACUUGGAGCGGUUACCAGAUUAAUAUUAUUGACACUCCUGGACACGUUGAUUUUACCAUUGAAGUUGAGAGGGCUUUACGUGUUCUUGAUGGUGCCAUUCUUGUCCUUUGUAGUGUUGGUGGUGUGCAAAGUCAGUCAAUUACGGUCGACCGCCAAAUGAGGAGAUACGAAGUUCCAAGACUUGCCUUUAUUAACAAACUUGAUCGAAUGGGAGCUGACCCUUGGAAAGUUCUCAGCCAGGCGAGGUCUAAGCUACGGCACCAUUGUGCUGCUGUGCAAGUUCCUAUGGGAUUGGAAGAGGAUUUUGAGGGCCUUGUUGAUCUUGUGCAGUUAAAAGCUUAUCAUUUUCAGGGUUCCAGUGGGGAAAAAGUUGUGUCUGCAGAAAUACCAGCUGAUAUGGAGGCAUUUGUUGCAGAAAAGAGGCGUGAACUAAUUGAAACAGUGUCCGAUGUUGAUGAUAAACUUGCUGAUGUGUUUCUCAAUGAUGAGCCUAUAUCGGCAACUGAUCUUGAGGAAGCAAUUCGCAGGGCCACCAUAGCACGAAAGUUUAUACCUGUAUUUAUGGGUAGUGCAUUCAAGAACAAGGGAGUGCAACCACUUCUGAAUGGUGUACUUAGUUAUUUACCAUGUCCUCAUGAAGUUAGUAACUAUGCUCUUGACCAGAAAAAGAAUGAAGAGAAGGUUAUAUUAGCUGGAAAUCCGGAUGGACCCCUUGUGGCACUGGCUUUUAAGUUGGAGGAAGGACGCUUUGGUCAAUUGACAUAUUUAAGAAUUUAUGAGGGUGUGAUUCGGAAGGGUGAUUUCAUAAUAAAUGUAAAUACUGGCAAGAGGAUUAAGGUUCCUCGUUUGGUGCGGAUGCAUUCUGAUGAGAUGGAGGACAUUCAAGAGGCACAUGCUGGGCAAAUAGUUGCUGUCUUUGGUGUGGAUUGUGCAUCAGGGGACACAUUUACUGAUGGGUCUGUUAAAUACACCAUGACUUCUAUGAAUGUUCCUGAACCAGUAAUGUCGCUUGCUGUUCAACCAGUUUCAAAGGAUUCUGGAGGACAAUUCUCUAAAGCAUUGAACCGUUUUCAAAGAGAGGAUCCCACCUUCCGUGUUGGCUUGGAUGCUGAGAGUGGGCAGACAAUUAUUUCUGGAAUGGGAGAGCUGCACCUAGACAUUUAUGUUGAGCGCAUCCGUAGAGAGUAUAAGGUUGAUGCAACUGUUGGAAAGCCUCGUGUUAACUUCAGAGAGACUGUUACAAAUCGUGCUGAAUUUGAUUAUUUACAUAAGAAACAAUCUGGAGGACAAGGUCAAUAUGGACGAGUUUGUGGGUAUAUUGAACCACUUCCUCCAGGCUCGCCAACUAAGUUUGAAUUUGAAAACUUGCUUGUGGGACAAGCUAUUCCAUCAAGUUUUGUACCUGCAAUCGAGAAGGGUUUUAAAGAAGCUGCCAAUUCGGGUUCAUUAAUCGGACAUCCAGUUGAAAAUCUUCGUGUUGUUUUAACUGAUGGUGCUUCCCAUGCCGUGGAUUCUAGUGAACUUGCAUUUAAGUUAGCUGCAAUAUAUGCUUUUAGACAGUGCUAUGCAGCUGCAAGACCUACAAUAUUGGAACCCAUUAUGUUGGUGGAGUUGAAAGUACCCACGGAAUUUCAGGGCAGCGUUGCUGGUGAUAUCAACAAGAGGAAAGGUGUGAUUAUUGGAAAUGACCAAGAGGGUGAUGACUCAGUAAUUACUGCUCAUGUUCCUCUGAACAAUAUGUUUGGAUAUUCGACAUCUCUUCGUUCAAUGACACAAGGUAAAGGUGAAUUCACGAUGGAAUACAAAGAACACUCACCGGUUUCUCAUGAUGUGCAGACGCAAUUAGUGAACACUUACAAAGCCAGCAGGGGAGCUGAAUAACUGAGGCUUGCUACUGGACAUGCCCCUACAUUUAUUUUUUUGGCCUGAAUCACUAAUAAUACAGUUUCAAUUAAUUUAUUGAGUGUAUGUGAUAUUUAUUUAGGCGGUUGGUCCUUGUAGUGGUCACCAAAAUUUUGAAAAACACAAUAAGAACUGCCUGAUUAGGUGGAUUGAACA